UAUGCGCUGGAGAGAAGGUGAAGAGAGGUAAGAAGCAGCUUCAAGUAGAGACUGAUGUAAGGACUUUGAAGCCACUAAUAAUAGUUCCAAGUGAUCAUCUCCCAAUCUGUUUUUCCAAAUGCAACUUGCAAGAUUGACAUCUUUGCUCGAAAAAUCUCUCACAACCGAUCAGGCAAAGCAAACCCACUGCCAAAUAGUAGUCAGCGGGCUUAACGAUCUCGAGCCACUGUUGAUUCGUCAGACCCUUAAUUCUGCUGCCCGUUAUUCUCCAAGAACUGCUCGUUACGUGAAAGCCAUCCUCCGGCGUAUGCAGAAGCCGGAUGUUUUCGCCACGUCGUUUACAAUCCGUUAUCUCUCUCAACAUGGGCAGUUUCGAGAAGCGCUCUCUGUGUACGAGCAAAUGCACAGCUCGGGACUUUUUCCGAACACAUUUGCUGUGUCGUCUGCCCUCAAGGCUUGUGCUAGGAUUUUAUGUAAAAUAGGUGGGUUAAUGAUUCAUGGGCAAGUGCAAAAGUGUGGUUUUUGUAAGGUUGUUUUUGUUCAAACUGCUCUUGUGGAUUUCUAUUCGAAAUUAGGCGAUAUGGUGAUUGCGCGUAAGGUGUUUGAUGAAAUUAGAGGGAAAAAUGUGGUAUCUUGGAACUCGAUACUAGCUGGGUACGUGAAGUAUGGGGACUUGGCAAUGGCGCAGAGUGUGUUUGAUGAAAUGCCAGCGAAAGACGUGAUAUCUUGGAAUUCCAUGGUUUCAGGAUAUGCAAGAGCCAAGAAUAUGGAGCAAGCGUAUGAAUUGUUUCGCCGUAUGCCACAGAGGAAUUCGGCUUCCUGGAAUGCAAUGAUUACUGGUUACAUAGAAUGUGGGAAAAUAGAAUUAGCUCGCAGCUUUUUUGAUGCAAUGCCAGAUAGGAAUAAUGUUUCUUAUAUCACGAUGAUUUCUGCAUACUCAAAGUACGGGAGUGUGGAGUCUGCCAAAGAGCUCUAUGAUCAAAUGGCUGAGAAAGAUUUGCUUUUAUACAACGCCAUGAUAGCAUGCUUUGCUCAGAAUUACCGGGCAAAAGAGGCAUUGCAGUUGUUUGAUGAGAUGCUGAAGCCAAAUGUUAAUGUCCAGCCUGAUAAAAUGACAUUGGCUAGUGCUAUUUCUGCUUGCUCUCAACUGGGAGAUUCGAAAUAUGGGACUUGGAUUGAAACAUACAUGAGAGAGUGGGGGAUUGGAAUGGAUGAUCAUUUGGCCACCUCUUUCAUCGACUUGUAUGCAAAGUGUGGAAAUAUCGAUAAAGCUUAUGAGCUGUUUAAAAGCCUCCAAAAGAGGGAUUUAGUUGCUUAUACUGCAAUGAUCCUGGGGUAUGGUAUAAAUGGUAGAGCAAAGGAGGCAAUUGAGCUAUUUGAGGAGAUGAUGGAUGCUGAUAUUAUCCCAAACCUGGUUACUUUUACGGGGAUAUUGACUGCUUAUAAUCAUGUUGGUUUGGUGGAAGAGGGCUACCGUUGCUUUAUGUCCAUGCAGAGGCAUGGGCUUCUCCCAUCACAAGAUCAUUAUGCAAUUGUGGUUGAUCUUUUGGGUAGGGCUGGGCGAUUAGAAGAGGCACAUGAGUUGAUUAAAAACAUGCCAAUGGAACCUCAUGCUGGAGUAUGGGGUGCAUUGCUUCUUGCUUGCAGCUUGCAUAACAAUGUAGAACUUGCAGAGGUUGCUUGGAAGAAUUGUUGUGAGCUAGAGCCUGAUAGUAGUGGUUAUCAUUCUCUUCUCGCCAAUAUAUAUGCCUCUGCUGGGAGGUGGGAUGAUGCUAAAAGAUUGAGGAGAUCUGUUGAAGAGAAGGGUCUUGUCAAGAUACCAGGGUCUAGUUGGAUGGAGUGUUCUGAAUCUCAGCAAUAGGUGAUCUUGCUCGACACGUUGGCAUCAAAUGUCUUGCUUCAUCACAUUGUUGGGCCCAUUAAUUGGAAAUUCUUUUGCAUCUCAGAUGAAAAUAAUCUUUCUAUCCCCGAAGAGGCCCAUUGAUGAUCAAUAUUCUCCAAGUUUCUUCUAUUUUUUGUUCUUUGAGCUGCUAAAAGAUUUGACCUAGAUAUGGUAUUCCAUAGCUGCAACUAUCCUCUGGACUCUGCACAUGCCGGCUAUUACACAGUAAAUACAAGUCAGUCUACAUGAUGACACCCUACAAUCAUUCUCUUUUGUAAAUUUUUGCAGUCAAAUCCCACUAUUAUGGUUAACUGGGGGAUACUGUUCAGAGAAACGCAUAGAAUAAUUCAACAUUGGAGGAGGAUAAAUAUGAAAACCAGCAAAAAAAGCACUUGAAGGAGAUGCAUAGACAGGAAGCAAAUGCACUCUCACUUGUUUUGUAUACGACCUCUGUUCUUCCUCUUGGCUUACUGAGAGUAUGAAACAUCUGUGCUGCAUGUGGCAUCCAAUGUUACUAGUUGCUGGGAUUGGAGAGUUGAAGAGCCACCUGUGACAUCCGCUCCAACUCAUUCAUGGCUUUGGUGAGUAGACCAAUAUAUGUUAAUCCACAGCUACAUUAACUAGCAUGAAAGCCUUUUUCUAGUAUUAGUUUUCACCAAUACUGUAAGGAUCCAAGGAUGGUUUUGAAGUUUCGAUCAGUUAUACCUCCGUCAUGCUCAUAACCUCAGUUCUCUGCAAAUGAUUGACUUCUGUUCCUAUCAUGGCAUGCUAUAUUACAGGCAUGGUAUGAUAGUAAGUGAUAUUUUAAUAGCUUAAAGCUUAGAAAGAUAGGCAGUGACUCAAUUUUUAUUCUGAAUUAAUUCCAUUCUCAACCAUAUUUUCCAAAAUGACACCAGUUGAAAGAAUUUGGAUCUGGCAUGUUACAAAUUCCUUAUUGUAUACACUCAAAGUCAGUAUCUUCCAUGAAUUCUAUGUAUUGUUUUGUAACAUAAGCAACUCAAUGAAUUUGAUGUUCUGAAUA